GUCCCCUUUACCCAAAUGUCCAAGACGGACAAGAAGAAGAGGAUUUCCGACGCACUGGAGAUCCUAUGCACUCAGACCGACCGGGACCAUAUUAAUGAGGUCAACGGGAGGAAUGAGUCGAGCGAGCUCUUCCGCUCUUGGAUGGACUUUUCCAUCCGAAUGACCAAGGUGGCCGAAGACCGGCUCGCUCUGGUCCAAGAGGUUUCGGAUCUGAAGGAGGCGGCUCGAUCGCACUUUGAUGAGCUGUACCAGGCCAAGGAGGCCAGGCGUUUGGCCGAGCUACGUCUGGAGGAGGCCAAUUCCAAGAUUGACAAGGGCGAGGCAACUUGGAAGCAGGAGAGGGAGGACUGGAAAGUAGAGAGGGCCAACCUCGCCCUGGCCAAAGAGAAUGCCGAGUCUGCCAAGGCUACGGCCGAGACCAAUCUGGCAAAGGUCGAGGGCGACUUGGAUAGGGUCAAGUUCAAACUCUCAACGCCGAGGCCCAACUGA